UCUGAUUCACUGCUGUCCAGUCCUCCUGGGGUCACAGCUGGCUUCACUCUCUUGUCUCCACUGUGCUCCACAAGGAUGGCUGGGCUCAGUGGGACUUACCCUCCUUCCCUAGGCCACAAGCCAAGAAGAGGUGGUGCAGGCAUAAUCCCUGACUGCCAGACCCAGCCUGAGGGCCAACCCAAACCCUGAGGGCCCAGGAAGGGAGGAGGGCUGGUGGGGAGGGGAGGGAGGCAGGGCACAGAGUCAGUGGAUGAGGAUCAAGUCCUUCCCUGGGGAGUUCAGCUUUCCCAGGCCCAGCCAGGAGUCCAGUUAGUCCAGGCAGACAGGCUGCCGGCCUCAGACCCCAUCCUGCAGUCUCAGGAUGCUGACAGGGGCAGUCCUGCUUUCCCUGGAAAUGGCUUCGGGCUGUGCUGAACAGCUCUGCCCCACCUGUAGCUCCAGGCGGACCUUGGAGCAGUCUCCCUCCUGCUGUGCUUGGACCUUGGGCCUCUUAUGGACUUGGCUAAUCUCAUGCCUGUGACUCUCACUCUCCUAUGUCCCUGUCUAGAUCAAAGGCAAACACGAGGCCCCUGUGCAGGACACUGAGAAGUAAGUGGCUCUGGACUGGAAUAUUUUCUCACUUCCCUUUGUUCUCAGGGAUGCUACUCAAUGGAGGCUCAAACUUUUCCAUCCUCCCACCCCGCAGUGGCUCAGAGAUGUGCUGGGAACUGCUGACUGGGGGGCUGUGGAGGCCACCCAUCACUGUAGCUCUUGAGAGAGAGUAGCAGUGCUUGUCCUUGCGUCUCUGGCAGGUGAUAGGAUGGAGGGGGUUCUAGCCACAUCACAUCUCCAGGGCCUGUGGCUGCGUGGGGACAGUGGACACCCUCCUCAAUGGGGCCAGUUUUGUCUACCUCUCUCUACCUGCAUGAAGACCUGAGCCACCUGUGCUGCAGGGUUUGGGGUGCUCGAGUGGUGGAGCCUCCAGAGAAGGAUGACCAGCUGGUGGGACUACUACCUGUACUGAAGUCAAAGCUCACAGUCACCAUCGAGAAGUCUCCAGGAGCCAAGGCCUGGGUGGAGACUGAGGACAUCCUGGCUCGUGUCCGGAGCCCCCAGCAGGGCCCUGAGCCUGACCAUGACCAUCUGUACCACCCCCUGCCUGAGGAAGCCCAGGGUGAGGAAAGGCACUGGUUGUGGGCGAUGCUGUUUCACCAGGUGCUCCAGGGGCCAGAGAAAGACCAGGACCACAUCUACCACCCUGUGGGGGGCUUCAGGGAGCCCUGACUACUCUCUCACCCCUGCUGAAGGCCAAGGCUGUCAAGAUUGCUGACCUCCCUCUGUAGGUAGAAAAAUAAACAAUGCCAAGAGAAGUGGAAGGCGUGUGUCUGCCUGGGGCCUGGUCUGCCGUCUGGGGGAAGGGAGCUGCACCUGCCUCGCUUGAGGCACUCUAAGAGUCCUUCAGAUUCUGCAACACCCAGCUGACCCUCAGUUCCCAGAACACCUCACACCUCCAGG